UCUUGAAUCUGGAGCGUAUCACACGACAGGCAGUCCGCUCGUUUGAAUCGCUAACCCGCUGCGGAGCCUGUUGUGCGUCACCGGCCAUGGGUCGUGUAUAAUUGGCGGGGUCUGCCAGCCGAGAGAAGAACCGGGGGAGGCGGUAGCCAGGUUUAGCGGCUUUCACGAUCGAGGGAAGGAACCCAACCGCAGACGACGGGCAGGGCGACUCCCGCCUCCUUUGCGUCGCUAUUUCCCGAGGCCGCUGCCAUACACACGUUGGGUUUCGGGAUUGAUUGUCAUCGUGCCCCGCCUGGAGCUGGGACGUUCUCUUCUUGUGCCUUUGCCUCGACGCCAUCCAGCUCUCUCCUCCCCUUCUGAGGCAGCGGCAGCAGCUGCUGCAUUGCCCGGAUUUCCGAUUCGAGGAUCGGUAGUUCGGCGGAUCCGUUCCGAAUCGGACCGCAGUGGAGCAGGGGCCGGAGGAAAAGAGAAAAGGGAGGCGGAAGUGACCUGGAUCUUGGAGCAGCUCAGUGACUCUCCCAGGACUCGGCCGAUUGCUGAGCUUCGUCAAGCCAGUUCCAGUUGCUGCCCAUCCUCGUUUGCUCGGAAGUCCCGGAGCUGGAGCUGCGAGAGCCGUUUUAAAUUUGAUCGCGUCUGACUCGGUCGUUGGUCGUGAAUUGCGGCAUUUCAGCGUGUUGGCCAUUUUUUCUGGCAAGAGAGGCGCCUUUCUGUACAGAGUGAACUGGAGUCGGGAGCGCCGCGUGAAAGACGAAGGCAAGGACACACGGCUGUCUCAAGGCUGCAUGUGAGGAUGGCUCAGCGAUGGCAGAGUACACGGAUGGCGAUCCCGGUCGCAUUUUUUGCCAUUUUGAUUAUGGUGCAGCCUUCUUGCAUUGUAGCUCAAGGUGUCGCUGGUCCAGUUCCAGAGUCAGCCCCUGCUCCUUCCCCUGAUCUCAACGCUCCAUCUCCUGGGUCUCCUUCACCAGCACCAGAACCAGGAGCUGCACCAGGACCGAACUCUCCCCCUGCCCCUCCCAUGUCUCCAACUCCAACCCCGGUGCCUGGCCCUGCCGAAGGUCCCACUCCACCUCCCAGCCCAUCUUCUUCUCCCACACCUUCUCCAAAUUCACCCUCCCCAUCGGAAUCCCCUGAGUCUGCUCCUUCUCCUUCCCCUUCAGAUGCUUCUCCACCCUCUCCUUCGCCAGCCCCUGAAUCAGCUCCUGCUCCUUCUCCUCCUGCACCGGCUGUCCCACCUCUAUUCCCUCCCUCCCCGUCGGAUGAAAGCGGUGAGGAGGAGAAAGAGCAAGAUGAGGGUGCUGGAGACGAUGGUAUGAGUGGAGGUACUAAGGCCGGUAUAGCGAUCGGAGUGAUUCUUUUUGCUGCUGCGGGUGCAGCCGGGGCUUACGUCUACAAAAGAAGGCAGGACAAUAUCCGGCGGGCUCAAUACAACAAUGCUGCUGCUACCGAUUUUUGAGAAAGUGUACGAAUCUAUCGGUUUUACUGUAAAGCAAUUUUGCUCGUAGCAUGCAGCAUUUUAAUGUGCUAAAAAGAUAUGGAAAGGUUGUCAGCUACUGCCCAGUAAUCUGCUACUGUGUUUUACUGCGCUAGGAGCCAUUGCACAUUCGAGUCCGACGAUAUUCCCAUGGAUAGCUCUUCAUUACUUGUAUUGCAGAUUGUAGGCCUGAGACGUUUCGGACCUGCAAAUGAGCAGUCAAUACUGUACUUUUCCUCCUCUUGUCUCAGUCACUUGUAGACUUAGUCUGCUCCUAGGCGCCAAGGCGCCAACCCUCAGCAUUUUUUUCAAAACCGUAUACAAUUUACAAUUUCAGCGUUGUACCUGUCGGAGCCUCGACCAAUGAGACAAAAUUGUGUUCUUCUGAGAAACGAGCUCAUGUCCCUGUGUCAUUUGUGCGUGUGUCUCCCACGUUCGAAUUAUUGAUGAAUUUUCGGCAUUGUAAUGUGAUUUUUA